AUGCUGAACGUCGUAGUAAGGCUGACAUUUACACGCUUCACCCUAAAGAUGAUGCAGCUCAGACUGGUGAUCCUGGCUGCUCUACUCUGUUCCAUUCCCAGUUCUGAUGCAGGGAAAGUUCUUGUUUUCCCGGUGGAUGAAAGUCAUUGGAUCAACAUGAAAGUCCUUGUCCAGGAACUCUAUUCCAGGGGUCACAACAUCACAGUGAUCCGACCAAAAAACUCUAGAUACAUCCAAGCAGAGGCUGAUCAUUACCAGUCGAUCACCCUUGAUGUUGUUGCUGGGUUCAUACUGGACGACUUCAUUAAUUUCUCUGCAACAGUGCUGCAGCACCGACGCCAUUUCCACUCUUCUAUUUUAUCAUACAUUAGAGCUUUAGAGACAUUUUUGGCAAUGCUACCUUACACUCACAAAGCUGUUGUUGAAAAGAUGCAAGAAUUGUUUGAGGAUGCGAACCUGAUGCAGCUUUUCCAAGAGGCCAAGUAUGAUGUUGUUCUGACAGACCCUUUCUUAGGGGGAGGGGUUCUCCUGGCUCAUCGACUGGGUCUACCUCUGAUCUUGAAUGUACGAUGGACAAUACUGGAAGAUGCAUUACAAACAAUUGCCCCCUCACCUAUCUCUUAUGUUCCCACACCAGGCUCUGAAAUGACAGAUAAGAUGACAUUUUGGGAAAGGGUGGCAAAUGUUAUUAUGUUCUUAAGAAUUCUGUAUGGUCAGCAUAUAAUUAAAGAUGGUUACUAUGGUCCAUUUGUCCACCGUUACUUUGGUCCUGAUGUCCACUAUGAUCAGCUUGUUCAGGCAGCAGAUAUUUGGUUGAUGAGAACUGACUUCACCUUUGAGUACCCUCGUCCCACUAUGCCCAAUGUCGUCUACAUGGGUGGGUUUCAAUGUAUGCCAUCAAAGCCUCUUCCUCAACAUCUGGAGGACUUUGUCCAGAGCUCUGCAGAGCACGGAGUCAUUAUCAUGACCUUGGGGACCUUGGUGGGGACUCUUCCUGAUGAUAUAGCUGAACGUGUGGCUGCUGCUUUUGCCCAGUUACCCCAGAAGGUCAUCUGGAGGCACACUGGGAAGAGACCAUCCACCCUGGGCAACAACACCUUGCUGCUGGACUGGCUGCCCCAAAAUGACCUCUUAGGACACCCAAAGACCAGAUUGUUUGUGGCACAUGGAGGCACCAAUGGAGUCCAGGAGGCCAUCUACCAUGGAGUUCCCAUUGUGGGCCUUCCCCUGAUGUUUGACCAGGAUGAUAACCUGUUCAGGAUAAGAGUGAGGGGUGCUGCCAAAGUAAUGGACAUUGGAACACUGACGAUGGAAAACUUCCUGGACGCCCUGAGGGAAGUGCUUCAUGAGCCAUCCUACAGGAAGAACAUGCAGGAGCUCUCCAGACUGCACAGAGACCAACCCAUGAAGCCUCUGGACCAAGCCAUGUUCUGGAUCGAGUUUGUCAUGAGACACAAGGGAGCUGCCCACCUGAAGACAAAGUCCUACAAGAUGUCCUGGAUUCAGUAUCACUCCAUAGAUGUCAUCGCUCUGCUGCUGUUUUUAGUCAUCAUGAUGUCACUCACUUUCCUUCUGACAGUAAAAUGGUUAUGGUUUAAAAUCUUUAGUGUGAGAAAAGAUAAAAGAGAAUAA